UUUUUUUUUACCUCUAUAUCACGAUUCCUGUAGGGGGGUAUGCUGUGUACUUUCCUUUUAAACAUUUCUGUAUGAUUUGUGCAGUUCUUUUUCACGAAGCAUAUGUUUUAUCUCAACAUCCCUGACAGCGGAUUGGCUGAGUGUGCGCACAUUUCAUUGCAGCUUGUCAACGCAUCUUUCUCAGUCACCACCGGAUGGGAGGAGAGGAGGAGGAUAGAUGUAUUAGAGUAGGAGAGAAAGAGCGAGAGGGAGGCAAGAGGUGGAGGAGCGGGUGGUUAAGAAAUAAAGUGAAGAAAGAGGAGGAGGCAAACUAUGAUCCGAGGAUGAUUUCUGCUAAGAAAACUCCGGAGAAGAGUCGUUAUCCUGUCCACUAUUUGGUGUGGCACAACAAACCCCGACAGCUGGAGAAAGAACUGGCAACGAACGAGCAGACUGAUUUAGAGUCUCUGGACCCUCGUGGCCGGACUCCUCUACACCUGGCUGUCACACUGGGCCACCUGGAGUGUGCCAGGGUCCUGCUGCAGCAAGGAGCUGACGUUAGCAAGGAGAACCGCAAUGGAUGGACCGUUCUUCAGGAGGCGGUGAGUACCAGAGAUCCGGAGUUGGUGCGUCUCGUACUUCGUUACCGUGACUACCAGAGGACUGCCAAGAGACUGGCGGGCAUCCCCGUCCUGCUGGAGCGACUACGCCAAGCCCAGGACUUCUAUGUGGAGAUGAAAUGGGAGUUCACCAGCUGGGUGCCCCUGGUGUCUCGCAUCUGCCCCAGCGACACCUACAGAGUGUGGAAGAGUGGUCAGUGUCUCCGUGUUGACACCACCCUGAUGGGCUUUGAACAGAUGACCUGGCAGAGAGGAAACCGGAGCUUCAUUUUCAGAGGACAAGACUCCAGUGCAGAGGUGAUGGAGGUCGACCAUGACAGGCAACUGGUUUUCUGCGAGACCUUGUGUGUCUCGUCUCUCACAGCGCUCUCACCUGGCCGGGUGAAUAAUGGCGCCUGCAGCAGUGCUGCCACCGGUUUGGGCCUUCUUGGGGCUGUGCAGCCCAGUGACGAGCAGGUAGCAGCCAGGCUGUCUGCACCCGUGGUGACCACUCAGCUGGACACCCGCAACAUCGCCUUCGAGAGGAAUAAGACGGGCAUACUGGGCUGGAGGAGUGAGAAGACGGAGACGGUGAAUGGAUACGAAGCCAAGGUGUAUGCAGCAUCCAAUGUGGAGCUGAUCACCAGGACCAGAACUGAUCAUCUCUCAGACCAGAACAAGAACAAAACAAAAGGUGGGAAGACUCCACUGCAGAACUUCCUUGGGAUUGCUGAGCAGCACAUGGGGCCUAACAAUGGAGCCUUGGUGACCCAGAUGUCGUGUCCCGCUGUGACCAACCCAGCAGCGCUGACGGCCGAGGAAUACUUCAAUCCCGGUUCGUCGGCGUCUCAGAGGGACAUCGGCCACCCGUGCCAUCUCACUACAAAGACCCAGAGGUUUAAAGCCAAGUUGUGGUUGUGUGAGUCACAUCCUCUGUCCCUGGCAGAACAAGUGGUGCCUAUUAUCGAUCUCAUGGCGAUCUCGAACGCCCUGUUCGCUAAGCUGCGUGACUUCAUCACUCUGCGCUUGCCGCCUGGCUUCCCUGUCAAGAUCGAGAUCCCUCUCUACCACAUCCUGAAUGCCAGGAUCACCUUCAGCAACCUGAACGGCUGCGAGGAGGGGACGGGCGUCCGUGCCGACAACGAAGUGGGGGUGGAGGGCGACGGACAGAGGGAUACCCCGAGGACAGACACCCCUUCCCCAGGCAGCGACUCCUCCAGCGUGUCCAGUUCCAGCUCCACCAUGUCGUGUCGAGCUGGGGAGAUUCCACCGUGUGUGUUUGAGGCCCCGUCUGGAUACACCAUGCUAGGAGGUAAACAGAGAGACAGCAUGAGGGAGGAGGAGGAGGACCUGCUGCAGUUCGCCAUACAGCAGAGUCUGCUGGAGGCCGGCUCCGAGUACGAUCAGGUGACCAUCUGGGAGGCGCUGACCAAUAGCAAGCCAGGAACACACCCCCUGUCCUGUGACCCAAGUCGUCUGGAGAGGACCCCCCAGCACAAGCCCCGCUCUCCCUCCAGCCUCUGCUCCACCCCCUCCAAGAAGAAGCCCACCACCUGCAGUUACAACGAGCAGCUGCGCAUCGCCAUGGAGAUCUCAGCUAGGGAGCAGGAAGAGGCGGAGCUUCGGCGGCGGCAGGAGGAGGAGGAGCUACAGCGCAUCAUCCAGCUGUCACUCAUGGAGAAAUGAGAGCUGAGUGGCCCAGCAGGGGUCUGAAGGGAGGGGUCUGGACCAAGGACACAUGGGAGAAAAAGGCAGCACGGGCGACUUUAAAAUUUAAAGCACACUCUUUAAGUGGCCGUAAAUAAAAACGCCGAAAUUAUCUUUGUUUCAUACGAUCACGCCUCCUCCUUUCUCUCCUGACACCUUAGCCAGACUUUUCCCAUGAAGCCAUACGAUGAUGCGGCUGUCCUGCCUCAGACAGCCAGGGAGGGACGUCAGUUUCCUCUUUCUGGUGCCACAUGGUACUUUCUUGACCAGUGCCAGUUUACAACCAACAAUCCAUCCAAUACUAUGAGUUUAGUGGAAUGCCUCCUUGGAUGAGUGGUUUCUGUCUGUUCUGCAGGUACGUGUGUGUGUGUGUGUGUGUGUGUGUGUUUCAAAACCAGCUCCCUAAACAGGGGUCAUCAGACCACCUUCUGUCCUGAAAACGUAGUGUGUUGCGCCAACUCUCUGCUCCAGCACUAACACACACGCUCACUGAGUCCUUUUGCCACUGACUCGUGUUGCUUUCACUUUUAACUGUGAUAAAAAAAAAACAAAACAAAA